AUGGAGGUGGCGCCCGAGCAGCCGCGCUGGAUGGCGCACCCCGCCGUGCUGAACGCUCAGCACCCCGACUCGCACCACCCGGGUCUGGCGCACAACUACAUGGAGCCCGCGCAGCUGCUGCCUCCCGACGAGGUGGACGUCUUCUUCAACCACCUUGACUCGCAGGGCAACCCUUACUACGCCAACCCGGCCCACGCGCGGGCGCGCGUCUCCUACAGCCCCGCGCACGCCCGCCUGACCGGAGGCCAGAUGUGCCGGCCACACUUGCUGCACAGCCCGGGCUUGCCCUGGCUGGAUGGGGGCAAAGCCGCCCUCUCCGCCGCCGCUGCUCACCACCACAACCCCUGGACCGUGAGCCCCUUCUCCAAGACGCCGCUGCACCCCUCGGCCGCCGGGGGCCCCGGAGGCCCUCUGUCCGUGUACCCCGGGGCUGGGGCUGGGAGCGGGGGAGGCAGCGGGAGCUCGGUGGCCUCCCUCACUCCCACUGCAGCCCACUCUGGCUCCCACCUCUUUGGCUUCCCACCCACGCCGCCCAAAGAAGUGUCUCCCGACCCCAGCACCGCCGGGGCCGCCUCCCCAGCCUCCUCUUCCGCAGGGGGUAGCACAGCCAGGGGGGACGACAAGGACGGCGUCAAAUACCAGGUGUCACUGACAGAGAGCAUGAAGAUAGAAAGCGGCAGUCCCCUGCGCCCGGGCCUGGCGGCCAUGGGCGCCCAGCCUGCCACACACCAUCCCAUCCCCACCUAUCCCUCCUACGUGCCAGCAGCUGCGCACGACUACGGCAGCGGACUCUUCCACCCGGGAGGCUUCCUGGGUGGCCCGGCCUCCAGCUUCACCCCUAAGCAGCGCAGCAAGGCGCGCUCCUGCUCAGAAGGCCGGGAGUGUGUCAACUGUGGGGCCACAGCCACCCCUCUCUGGCGACGGGACGGCACUGGCCACUAUCUGUGCAACGCCUGCGGGCUCUACCACAAGAUGAACGGGCAGAACCGGCCGCUGAUCAAGCCCAAGCGAAGGCUGUCGGCUGCCAGGAGAGCGGGCACCUGUUGUGCAAAUUGUCAGACGACAACCACCACCUUAUGGCGCCGAAACGCCAAUGGGGACCCUGUUUGCAACGCCUGUGGCCUCUACUACAAGCUGCACAAUGUUAAUAGGCCACUGACCAUGAAGAAGGAGGGGAUCCAGACGCGGAACCGGAAGAUGUCCAACAAGUCCAAGAAAAGCAAGAAGGGGGCAGAGUGCUUCGAGGAGCUGUCCAAGUGCAUGCAGGAGAAAUCGUCUCCCUUCAGCGCAGCCGCCCUGGCCGGACACAUGGCACCUGUGGGCCACCUCCCGCCCUUCAGCCACUCGGGACACAUCCUGCCCACCCCGACGCCUAUUCACCCCUCCUCCAGCCUCUCCUUUGGCCACCCUCACCCAUCCAGCAUGGUGACUGCCAUGGGUUAG